AUACCUAAUCGAGUCGGUUAAAGGUCAAAAAGAUUCUAAAAGAAAUGAGAGAUUAUUGCGGUCAGUCACAUUCACUUUAGUUUCCGCCACAAAAUCGUAUUCGGUCGUUUUCCAACUUUAAAUGAGAUAGCUGAGUAUUUCUAAAAAAACAGGCCUAUGGCGUUUUCCACUGAUGUCAUAUUUGUGGGAAACAUUAUCCAUUGUGAUAAACCUUUCAACGUGCGCGUUCUCGAAAAAGGUUUUAUUGCUGUUAGGGAUGGAAAGAUAGCUUCCAUCGACUGUUUCGAAAAAUUAGAAAACUACAGGAAAACAGCGAAAAAUGUAUCUACGAUACAGUUAAAAAAUUCACAAAUUCUGAUUCCAGGUUUAAUUGAUACCCACAUACACGCUUUCCAAUACCCUAUUAUAGGUAUUGGAAUGAACGUUUCACUUUUUUCUUGGUUGGAUGAGCAUAUUGAUAAGCUGGAACAGAAAUUCAGAGACUUGGAAUAUGCAAAGAAAGUGUUCGAUGCCAUUGUGAAAAAAUUAUUGUCUUAUGGAACAACAACAGCAUGUUAUAACGCUACGACCUGGACGGAUGCAACUUUAGUCCUAGUCGAUUCCGCCAUUAAGUACGGGCAAAGAGCGUUGGUUGGUAAAGUUAACGUGACUGUGGGCAUGCCUGGACAUUUAGUUGAAACACUUGAAGAAUCUAUUAGAGACACUAAACGAUUAAUUAACGAAAUAGCGAAAAGAAAGACUGAACUGGUGCAACCGAUAAUUACGCCAGGGUCCGCGUUGAAUGUGACCACGAAAGACAUACCGUUUUUUGUAGAAUUGGCGAAAAAGUAUAAUUUAAAUAUACAGGCACACAUGAAUGAGACUAUAGACGGAAUAAAACAGUUGGAAAGCAGGCCAGGAGAUGUUCACAAAAAUUUUACACAUACACAUGAAAUUCUCACCGAGAAAAGCCUUUUUGCACACUGCGUUCAUAUGACAAAAGAAGAGAUACAAAAAUUGGCCGACAGUGGAUCAGCUAUUGCUCAUUGUCCAGAUUCAAACUUUAACCUACUAUCGGGAAUUUGCGACGUGCGCGCUUUUAUUGAAGCUGGCGUCAAAGUUGGAUUGGGAACAGAUGUAUCUGCGGGAUGUUCGUUGUCAAUAAUGAACGCCAUGCGCUAUGCCAUAACGGCUUCGACCGCACUUUCGUUCUCUAAAAAAGGGUACAAACCACUCAACUAUUUCGACGCUUUUUAUUUGGCAACCCUUGGAGGAGCUAAAGCAUUGUCCAUGGAUGACAAGAUUGGGAAUUUUGAAGUAGGCAAAGAGUUUGAUGCUUUGAUUGUUGAUUUAGAUGUCCAGAAUGGGCCAGUUGAUAUUUUUGGAGAGCAUACGGCACUGGAGUUGUUUCAGAAAUUUAUUUUCACAGGUGAUGAUCGUAAUGUAACCGCGGUAUAUGUAGCUGGAAACAAGGUUAAAUAAAGCAUAUUUACUAAUUA